CCUCGGUCGAUGAACCAGCCAUCAAUUGCAGUCAGCUUCGAGCUAGUGAAGCCACUAGAAUGAAAGCUGCUCAUCGAGAGCGUGGAGUUCGCGCAGAUAGCGGCCAAAUCGUGAUCAGAGGCAGGAAAGUCAUCUGCUACUUAAUGAUGUCGUGCGACUCCCGUCGGAGGAUUCCCCUCUCUCUUUCCCGCACGCAGCUGUCCGUGUCUCUGAGGUGGUUGCAAAGUUACACAGGAGCUGUUUGGUUUGAGACAAAGUGAAGGAGAAUUUUCACUUGGUCCUGCUCCCCAAAUUCCCACUCUCUCUCCUCCACCUCCAGUGACUUGAGCACGUCUCGCAAUGCACGUUGCAAAGCUCACCCUCAUCACCGCGCUCGCCGCUGGUGUCUCGGCGGUGAAAGGACCUACGGUGCACAACAGAAGGGCCCCUGGGCCAAAGCUUCAGGUCUUGCCUCGACAACUACCAGCAGAGCCUACCGGCGUUCAGACAAUCGUCACUCCAAAUGGCGUGAACAUCACCUACAAGGAACCGGGCAAAGAGGGCGUCUGUGAGACGACACCAGGCGUCAAUUCAUACGCAGGCUUUGUCAACCUUGCUCCGGAUGUUCAUAGCUUCUUCUGGUUCUUUGAGUCUAGAAACGACCCAGCCAAUGACCCUAUCACGCUAUGGCUCAAUGGCGGACCUGGAAGUGAUUCCUUGAUCGGAAUGUUCCAAGAGCUUGGCCCGUGCAAUGUCACCGAAAAUUUGACCACGCACCUCAAUCCGCACGCAUGGAAUGAGGCUUCGAACAUGAUCUUCCUCAGCCAGCCAUUGGGCGUGGGUUUCUCAUACGGCUCAAAGGGCCCCGGCUCGCUUGAUCCCAACUUCGGACAAUUCGUGCCUCCAUCAGAGGCCAAUGUAACCGGCAGAUACCCAAUAAUCAAUGCGACCGAGAUUGAUACUACUGAUCUUGCCGCGAUCGCUGCCUGGGAGGUACUUCAGGGAUUCUACGCAGCAUUGCCCCAGCUUGAUUCAAAGGUCCAAUCAACCAAGUUUAACCUGUGGACCGAAUCUUAUGGAGGACAUUACGGCCCUGCCUUCUUCAACUACUUCUAUCAGCAAAACGAAGCCAUUGCUAACGGGACCCAAACCGGAAAAUCGUUCGAGUUCGUGAACCUGGGAAUCAUGAAUGGGAUUGUGGACGAAUACGUUCAGGCGCCAUACUACCCGAUCUUCGCCAACAACAAUACUUACGGAAUCAAAGCCGUGAACGACACCGUCUAUGAUUAUAUGACCUUCGCCUGCUACAUGGCGGACGGCUGCCUGGACCAGAUCUCCCUGUGCGCCAUUGCCGACACUAGCACCCUCACAGGCCAAGCCGUAUGCACCGAGGCCGAGGACAUGUGUCGUGAUAACGUCGAGUCACCGUACUACUACUACGGCGGCCGUGGCGUCUAUGACAUUCGGCACCCGUAUGACGACCCUACCCCGCCCACUUACUUCAUCGACUUCCUCAACCUGCCCUCGACACAACAAGCCCUGGGUGUUGACACAAACUACACCUCGGACUCCAAUGAUGAGGUCUACUACGCAUUCCAGCAGACUGGCGAUUUCAUCUACUUUAACUUCAUCGACGAUCUGGAGGAGAUCCUCAAUUCAUCCUCUGUCCGCGUAACCCUUGUCUACGGGGACGCGGAUUAUAUCUGCAAUUGGUAUGGCGGACAAGCCGUUUCCCUGGCUGCCAAGUGGCCCCACGCUGCCCAGUUCAAGGCGUCGGGGUAUACACCGUUCGUGGUCGAUGGCGUCGAGUACGGCGAGACUCGUGAAUACGGCAACUUCUCCUUCACGCGCAUUUAUGAGUCAGGCCAUGAGGUUCCGUACUACCAGCCAAUUGCCGCGCUGGGCUUCUUCAGCCGCGCAAUCAAUGGCUUGGACAUUGCCACAGGCACAAUGCACGUGAACGGGACACAGGGAGGAACCAAGGGCAAGCCCAGUGCCACUCACACGGAGAGUUUUGUGCCGCUCCCAACCAGCUCGUCGAGUUCUGGAGGGUCGGCGGCGGCGGCGUCGGUGCCGAAAGGUCCGGUGAUCCCAGGUCGAUUUGCAAGACGUGGAUAUUAAUAUAGGACAUUCCUUGUCGCGGAUCAAUACAUGUCGCCGAAGAAGGAGUUGGUGAAAUGAGGCGUUGUGAAGCUCCAAGCCGAUAGGAGAGUCCGGGCUGUCGAGUGCCUCGUACUGAAAACUCCUCCAUUAAUGAGUGAUGUGAACUUGUCAUCGAACCCUGCAAGUCAUGCGCAAAAAAUAAUACAGCGUAUCGAAUCUUAUCUAACCAAAUAUGUCGCUUAGCA